AUGAACGGAACUCGACUGACUCCGUCGGGCUGCUUAAGUUCAAGUAAUAGUACCGCGGAAAGAAUCGCAGAAACCUUUGGUUACUGCUUGAUUUUCGUCGUUUCGUUCACUGGAAACACUUUCAUUGGAAUAAUCGUCUAUAAGACCAAAGCCAUGCGCAAAACAAUCAACUUUUUAAUCGUUAACAUGGCCAUGUCUGAUCUGGUGAUGCCAAUUUCCUUCAUUUCAUUGAUCCUAGCGCAGGUAAAUCACAGCUCCUGGCCAAUCCGUGGUGCUCUUGGCAUGGCCACGUGUAAGUUGGUCCAGUUCCUACCAAACGUCUCCAUCGCCGUGUCUAUUCAAAGCCUGCUACUGAUCGCAGUGGAUCGAUUUGGUGCUGUAGUAUUUCCACUCCGUUCUCCAAUUAUCAGUUCAAAACUGUGCCCCUAUCUCAUUCUCACCACAUGGAUUGCCGCCAUAAUCUUGUUCUCCCCUCAUUUGAUCGGCUUCGAGCUUGUUGAAUACCCAGGGAGACUUGCCUGCGAACUUCGAUGGAAAAAGGCAUUCGGAGAGACCUCGGACAAUCGUAUUUACUUAAUAAUACUUUUGCUGUUAUUGGUUUGCAUUCCCUUCUGCUUAAUAAUCAUUCUUUACACUAGCAUAUUUGUAAAGCUUAAGUCACAGAACCAUAUAGGCGAGCCAUCUUCCAACGCUGAACAGCAACGACUAAAAAGACACAGGAAUGUUCUGAGGAUGGCAAUUGCCAUCGUUUUAGGGUUUGCUAUAUGCUGGGCGCCACUCUCUUCAUACUAUUUUUACUUCUUACAUUCCCAUCCACGAGAUGGCAGUGCAUUGUCUUGUGGCGUCAUAAGCAAUUGGUCAACAGUUGGUAUGUUUCUGGCUUACACAAAUUGUGCUAUAAACCCUUGCAUAUGUUUCGCUUUCAGUGAAAAUUAUCGUCAACACCUUUGGAGUCUUCUUAAGUGUGUUGGCGAAUAUUUAGGGUUAAUCUUUCAAAGGUCAAGUAACCAUAGUUCUUUCGUAGUGUCUCGUGAGGAAACAGCUAAAACCUAA